CGGGUUCGGGUGCUCGAUGUCUCUCCGCCGCCCGUCCGAUAAAACCAAUAAGUCCCCCGAUACUGCUGAUCACACUCAUUAUUGAUCACCCUAACCCCGGCGGCGCCCGGUCGCUUCACGGAGAGCAGCGACCCGCUAACGGUCGCUAACGGUCGGAGCUGCCAACCGUCGCUAACGGUCGCUAACGGUCGCUAACGGGCGGACUUCCUCUGAUCUCUCUACGACGAGCCUCCUGUCUCUCUUCUCCCCUGUCGUCCUGCAGCUGGCGGGUCUCCAUCCCAUCCUGCCCAUCAACAUCCUGCUCAGGGGCUUCACACACUCAGUCAUUGUAGCUCUGUCCGUCUGCACGACAGCUGCGUCAGACCGGCCUGACGCCUUUCAUCAGGGGGCGCGAGCAGCCAAAGCCCAUGGUAAGCGCGACACAGGGAUCUUAGAGCCGCAUAUUCUGGAGAGUCGCUGCGUUGCCUUCCAGUGUCGAGCCAAGAAGUAUUCAGAGGGAGGUGAAGGUCCUCGACACGGAGCCUUAAAGCUAGCGAUGCCCGGAUCCACGCCGGCCAGCAGCAAGGCUCGGGUGUACACCGAUGUCAACACACAGAAGAACAGAGAGUACUGGGACUACGACGCACAUGUGCCAAACUGGAGCAAUCAAGACAACUAUCAGUUGGUGCGUAAAUUGGGUAGAGGGAAGUACAGUGAAGUAUUUGAGGCCAUAAAUGUGACCAACAAUGAGAAGGUGGUGGUGAAAAUCCUCAAGCCCGUCAAGAAGAAGAAGAUCAAACGGGAAAUCAAAAUUCUUGAAAACCUGCGCGGGGGAACCAACAUCAUCCGUCUGGUUGACACGGUCAAAGACCCGGUGUCCAGAACACCAGCGCUUGUCUUUGAGUGCAUCAAUAACACAGAUUUUAAGGAGCUUUAUCAGAAGCUGACAGACUAUGAUAUCCGUUACUACAUGUAUGAGCUGCUCAAGGCUCUGGACUACUGUCACAGUAUGGGCAUCAUGCACCGGGACGUGAAGCCCCACAACGUGAUGAUCGACCACCAGAUGAGAAAGCUGCGUCUUAUAGAUUGGGGUUUGGCAGAAUUUUACCAUCCCGCUCAGGAAUACAACGUCAGGGUGGCCUCCCGCUAUUUCAAAGGGCCUGAGCUGCUAGUGGACUAUCAGAUGUAUGACUAUAGUUUGGACAUGUGGAGUCUAGGCUGCAUGUUGGCCAGCAUGAUCUUUCUGAAGGAACCGUUUUUUCAUGGCCAGGACAACUACGACCAGCUGGUCCGCAUUGCUAAGGUCCUCGGCACCGAUGAGCUCUUCGGCUACCUGCACAAAUAUCACAUAGAACUGGACACUCGCUUCAAAGACCUGCUGGGACAGCAAACGCGGAAGCGCUGGGAGCAGUUCAUCCAGUCGGAGAACCAGCACCUGGUGAGUCCGGAGGCUCUGGACCUGCUGGACAAGCUGCUGCGCUACGACCACCAACAGAGGCUGACUGCUGCCGAGGCCAUGCAGCACCCAUACUUCUAUCCUGUGGUGAAGGAACACGCAAACGCCAACACAGACGGCACAAAGGCCAUAAGCAGCUCCAAUGCAACAUGAUAACCAGAGAGCAGGAAGAAUCUUUGUUACCUCAACUUGUGACCUUUUCGUGGCAGAAACUUCUGCCUCCACACCAACAGCCAUACUGGAGCAAGAUGUCAAUUUUGCAGCAUACACAAACACGCACGGAUUAAACUUCUCCCAACAAAACCCGGAGAAUCUGCGCUGCUCGGUCCGUGUCACAGAUAAAUCUGAUCUGAAAUCAGACCUGACCCCCCCCUACUCCUCCUCCUCCUCCUGCCUCCUCUUCCUCCUCCUCAUCCUCCUGCCUCCUGCCUCCCGACACUCCCCUCAACCUGUUUUUAAUAUGAGCAAAAAUGACUGUUGUUGGAUCAGUAUCAAGCCGGUGUUGUGCUGUAAAGACGUUUUGUCCGUCAUUACGAUGCUGUGGUGACCUGAGAUCCGGUUCCAGGUUUUAGCACUGAGUGGCAUGGAGGCUCUUUUCUGCUAUGGAUAGAACAAAAGCUAUAUUGAAAGAGAAUAAACCAUUUUUAUUUAAA